AUGAUCACUGCAUUCGUGGAAUUGCCUCCUCCGGAACGAGGUGCAACGAGUUUAACUUCAUCGGGUGCAGAUAACUGUCUUAUUACGGAAUCUGCGUAUGCUGGUGCAGUAGUCAAUGUACAGGAUGUGCGAGCCCCUUUGCCUGAUACAGCUGUUGCUUCCAGCAACCACCCUGCAGAGGACCCUAUAGAAGUUGGAUUUAAUUUUGUACGAACAGAUCCAUCAGUAGUACUUCUUGAUACACCUCAUGACAUUACGAAUACGGAAGGAAAUUUCUCAGACGACUCGGAUAUUGAUCCUAUUUAUGUACCCGAAGAAACAACAGAUUCUGAUUCAUCUAUUGUGCCAUUUAUACCUCAUGAAACCAAAAACCGAAUUCAGGUACCUAAAAAGCGUAAGAUAACGCCCAAAGAAAGGAAAGGCAGAAAACGUGUAAAAAAUACAAAUGAGUGGAUUGAUGUUCGAGCUAAGAAGGAAUUAAACUUGGGCAUCGAACAUAAAAACCGGAACGGUACAAUUAUUCCCGCCAAACAGAUAAAGAAUCCAUGUAAAGAAAACUGCAGAAAUAAAUGUCGUCAAAAAAUAAGUGAGGAAGAGAGAAAAGCAUUGUUCGAGGAGUUUUGGAAAAUAGGUGAUCAUUCUAGACAAUGGGAUUACAUAGUUAGGUAUGUCAAAACAGUGGAGAAGAAGCACGUAAAACGGACAGAUAGCAAAUCAAGACGAAAUCAUUCUAGAACAUACCAGCUUCUUGUCAACAACAAGGAAAUAACGGUUUGUAAAACUAUGUUCCUGAACACCUAUGGAAUAUCAGAGCAGUGGGUGACGACUGCUCUAGGAAAAAUUGGAGAAACUGGCACUCUUGAAGAAGAUCGUCGAGGGAAGCACCUGACAAGACCAAAUAAAAUUGACGGAGGUGUCUUAAAUGGGAUAAGAGAGCACAUUCAACUCUUUCCUGUGGUGCCUUCCCACUAUACCAGGAAAAAAUCAACAAAGAUGUACUUAGAGGAUGGUCUCAACAUUUCAAUUAUGCAUCGCCUCUACUUAAAGUACAUGGAACAGAGAAAUGCUACAGAAGUAGGAACUUUAAGACAAUACAGAGAAGUUAUCAAUGCCGAGUUCAAUUUAGCAUUCCAUAAACCAAAGAAGGACCAAUGCAGUCUCUGUGUAGCCUAUCAACUAGCAACUUCGCCAGAUAAGCAGAAAAUACAAGAGAAGUAUGAAAAACACGUUUCUAAUAAGAAAGCUGCUAGAGCUUUAAAAGAUGAAGAUAAAGAAACUGCAAUCAAUGACAAGACAAUUAGCGCAGCGUGCUUCGACUUACAAAAAGUUCUGGUGACACCCCAAUCUGCUGUAAGCGACUUCUAUUACAAAAGUAAACUCGCCACAUACAACUUUACCAUUUACGACAUGGGAAAUCAUGAAGGCUAUUGUUACGUUUGGCAUGAAUCUGCUAAGAUUGCAGUAAACGGGCUUAAGGCAACCGGCAUAUAUCCUUUUGAUCGCCACAUAUUCUCAGAUGCAGAUUUCAUAGCAGAAGAAGUAGAAGCUGAAAAAAAUUGCAGCAUUGCUUCACUGGAAAUGAAAGACAAAUCAACGGGCAAUAAUAAGCAAAACAAUGCUCAAAAAGAGAACGUUGAACAACAACCAUGUUGCUCAAAAUCAUUGGAUGUUGCUAACACGCCGAUAGUGAAAAGAUCUUUUACGGGUAUUCAAUCUACUUCAGCUUCGAAGAAACUGACAAUAGAAAAUCAACCUGAACCCUCACGUAGUAGAUCAUGCAGUUCAACAUCAUCACCAUUUGUGUCGCCGUUUGAUAUUUCACUAACAAUGGCAAAGCAAGAAAGAAAAUCUGGCCGGGAGUUAAAGUUUACACAACAAUUAUUAGAGGAAGCCCAAACAAGGAUUGAUAAUGGAGAAAGUAAACGAUCCGUUGCGGCAUCUUUGGGGGGAACAGUUCCGACGUCACUAGGCCGGUUUCAACCCGUCUUCACACAUGCUCAAGAGAGGGAAUUAGCUGCACACAUUAAAGAUCUUGAAAUAAGGUUUUAUGGCCUGGGAAGAAAACAAGUAAUGGCAAAUUUUUUAACAACUUAA